UGCAGUUUGUGUUUACUUCUGCUGUUGAUUAAAAUGGCUACUGCGGCGGUAGCGGAAGCUUCUUUAGGUAAAGAUGCCAUUGCCGAGGGGCUUCUAGAUCUUUUAAAGCCUGCUAUCCAGCAGCUGGACCUCCAUGUACACUCAGUGAGGGAAAGCCAGGUUGAAUUAAGAGAACACAUAGACAACCUCGCUACAGAGUUAUGCAGAAUAAAUGAACACCAGAAGGUGGCUUUGGAUUUGGACCCCUAUGUAAAGAAGCUGCUGAACGCAAGACGAAGAGUGGUGCUAGUAAACAACAUAUUGCAGAAUGCUCAGGAACGUUUGAGGCGACUCAACCACAACGUGGCCAAAGAGACGGCACGGAGAAAGACGAUGCUGGAAGCUUCUGGGGUGUUCACAACUCGCUCUCCGAGUAAACCCUGACCGUGCUCACCCUGUUCUGCACAGGAAAAAACUGUGAAAAGAGUUCACCAGGGGAGGCAUAUCAUUUCAGGACAUUGUAAUGUAAAGAGGCCAGGUCCUUAAAUAAUUAUUACCUGGUUGGUCAUGCACUCACUAAAUGUAUGUUUUGCUUUGCUUUGCUUUGCUUUGCUCUAAUCACUGGCAAAUAUGUUCUUCACAUACGUAAGAAGAAUAGCAUACUGUAUUUGCCUUAGGCAAAUGCAUCACA